AUGGAUGCCAAUCGGAGAUCGCCGGAGAAAGAGGACAAAUCAUCCGGAGUUGCAUCUUUCGAAGCAGCCGACCGAGGCUCAGAUAUUACUGAAAUCACGUCGGUCGCCGAAACCCGAUGGCAAUACCUUUGCCGUUACUUUACUACCUGGGAGGGAUGGGUCGGCAACUAUGAUUAUGUCUACCUCAUCACCCCAAAUAUUUGGCCCCUCAACAAGCGGUACAAGGACUAUGAAGCACCAUUUUACGGCCUGAACGAUGAAGUGCCAAUUCUCCUCACCAUAAUCCUUGGCCUCCAACAUGCCUUGACAAUGAUCGGAUCUAUCGUGUCCCCACCUCUAGCCAUUGCAAGUGGUGCCUUUUAUCUGAAUACAGAGCAAAGCCAGUACCUUGUCUCGGCAGCUUUCAUAACCACCGGGAUUGCGACAGCGAUGCAAGUUACUCGAGUCCAUUUAACGAAAACACCCUUCUAUAUUGGAACAGGUCUUCUAGCGGUAGUCGGCCCUACUUUUGACAUUCUUGCGAUUGCCUUCAGCUAUGCAGAUAUGCGUUAUGCGAAUGGUACAUGCCCAACCUCAUCAGAUGGCACAAAACUGCCAUGCCCGGAUGCGUGGGGUGCAACACUUGGAACCAUGCUAUGCACAGUCUGGAUCCAGAUUUUGCUGUCAUUUGUUCCUCCAAGAAAACUCAAUCGUAUCUUCCCGAAGAUUGUUACUGGUACACUACUUUUACUGGUUGGAGUGUACCUGAUCUCGAGUGGCAUGGAGAACUGGGGUGGAAGCUCAAAUUGCGACGGUGGAACAGGCUAUUACAGUCUUUGUCCUAAUACCGCAGCUCCAAAACCACUACCUUGGGGAGACGCAAAGCUCAUUGGUCUCGGAUUCAGCGUAUUCAUCACCAUUAUCAUUGUGGAGCUUUUUGGAUCACCACUGAUGCGCUCCGCAUCUGUCGUCUUUGGUCUCGCUAUGGGAUGCGCAAUCUCCGGUGCUACUGGGUACUGGUCGCGUACUAAUAUUGACGCAGCCCCGGUAGCCACUUUUCUCUGGGUUCAUACAUUCAAACUAUCAGUAGAUGGAGCGCUUGUUCUCCCGCUUCUCAUCAUGUUUAUCUGCGAAGCUGUCAGCUGCAUGCCUGAUAUCCUCGCUACUGCGGAGAUCUCUGGAGUUGACAUUGAUGGGGUUGAAUUCAAUAGCCGAAUUCAAGGUGGAAUCCUGUGUGAUGGGCUUGGGAGCUUGAUCAGUGCCUUGGGUACUGGGCUUCCAAUGGUCAGUCAGGCGGGAAACAACGGUGUCAUCUCUCUUACUGGAUGUGCAAGCCGCAGAGCUGGCUGGUGCGCCUCCGCUUUUCUCAUUCUUAUGGGGGUUUUCGGCAAAUUCGGCGCAGUGUUCGGUUCCAUGCCUCCAUCUGUGCUGGGUGGGAUGCAAGUGUUCCUUUAUAGCACUAUUACCGUUGCAGGUAUCAGAGUACUAAGUUUAGUGCCAUUCACAAGGCGCAAUCGUUUCAUUCUCACUGCUGCAUUGGGCAUCGGCUUCAUGGAUAUUGUUUCCCCAAGCUGGUUCGAUAAGGUUCUCGAUUACAGUGGAUCGAAUGUCAACCUGGAAGGUUUUGAAGAGGGUAUCAACCUUAUUGUUGAAACUCCAUUCAUCAUUGCUGCUAUUGUUGGCGUAUUCCUGAACUUGAUUCUACCAUAUGAUGGAAAACAGACGGACGAGCAAGAGCGGUCAGGACUUCCUCAUUAA